GGGCGGCAAUUUCACAAUUUGUUACAAUUUGACGUUAAAUUAAAGAGGUAAAAAGAGGUAAAAAUAUUUAAAUACAGCCAUGGCAGAGGAACCAAAACCAAGAGAGAACAAGGAGGAGAAAAAGAUGGUUUACACGUAUCCUUUAUGCAGGCACUCUGAUAUGCCUGAAGAGACCAAGUUGGAGGUAAUGGAGUACGUUGUAACAGCUUGUGAAAAAUUUACUGGAAAUAAUGAGGCAGCUGCAAAGAUGAUAAAAGAAGAAAUGGAUAAAAAAUAUGGUCCCCCUUUUCAUGUUGUCGUGGGAGAAGGGUUUGGUUUUGAGUUAUCCUAUGAAUUAAAUAAUUUACUGUAUAUGUUUUUUGGUGGUAAUUUGGCUAUCUGUAUAUGGAAAUGUUAGGAAUUAUAUA